AGGAGAACUUGAAGGGCAUCUACCGCUACCGCCGACCGCUCCCCGAAGAGCAGCUCUUCGGCCCGGACGGAGUCGGCGCGGGGGACAUUCGACAGGGGAGAUUGGGCGAUUGCUGGCUUUUGGGGAGCAUCGCCGCGGUAGCGAACAGAUUUCCGUUCUUUGCCAUGCAGCGGUGCUUACGGUACGACAAGGAAAUUGGCGUUUUCACGUUCCGCUUUUCCAGUCCGGACGACCAGAGGCCGCGCUGGCUGCUACUGGACGAUCUGAUCGUGUGCGAUUUACAAGACCCGAAAAAGUUCAUCUUCUGCCAUUCCAGCGAACCGAAUGAGCUGUGGACGAUCUUUCUCGAGAAGGCCUUCAGCAAGUGGAUGGGCGGCUACAUGAACUGCCGUGGCGGGGUGCAGAACAUCGUGAUUCAGUGCUGCGAGCCGAUGCAGGCCUUGAGCUUCGGGAUGAAAUCUCUACUGAUCACGACACUGGAGAACAAGCACUGGAAGGAAUUGCUGGGUCUGCAGGACAAGCACUGGAUCGUGAAGGCAGCCGCGAAACCGAUCAAGAACAACAAAUUCGCGAGGGACCCAAUCACAGGCCUGGUCGGCUUCCACCAGUUUUCGGUGUUGGAUUUCUACGAACUGAAGCUCGAGAACUCGAGCGACAAAACGAAAAAGUCUUUCUGCCACAACUUCGUCCCCUGGUUGGAGCGUAUUGCGAACAAUGAGGAACAUCAGUCACUACCGCCGACCGUCCAAGAAGAUUUUCUGCAGCACUACAAGCAACAAGAAAUUCACAUCUACAACGAAACCAAUGCCACCGUCGCAAUCGACCUUUCCGCGCCCGGGUGUCCAGCGAUGUCGUUGGAACUUCACACCGUUCACACGCACUACACUUGGAAAAUCAAGAAUGACAACUGGCGCGCAGGAAACUUUGCUUGGCGGGAAAUUGUAGACGUCAAUACUGCGAAGAUCAGCAACAAGCCCCCUCGCAGCGGCGAGGUCCGGUACGCGUUUGGGGAUAGCAUUUACUUGAAAAAGUCCGGUCAGACGGUAGUGAGGAACGACAAACAGCAGUUCUGCGAGGAGCAGUUGAAGGCCGUGAACCAAAUCAAAAAAUCUGCAGCGUUCCGGUAUUGGGAAAGUUGUGAGCAAGGUAGUUCUGGUGCAUCAUCCAACCACAACGUGUUGCGCUUAGUGAAGCUGCGCAACCCGUGGGGCUUCGGGGAGUGGACGGGUUUGUGGAGCGACAAGUCGCUUGCCUGGUACUACUUUACCGACGUUUGUCGGAAGGUUUUCAAAACGAAAGACGGAAAGCCAGUUAUCGCCGAUGACGGCACGUUUUUCAUGCAGUGGGCGGAUUUCGUGCACCAUUUUGAAAACGUGAUCGCAACUGGGGAAUUCAGCGACCCUGGGUUUGUGGAUGGCGCGCCGGUCGCGGAUUUUUUCGGUGCGGCAGGUGGAUCAUCGUUGACUGCUGCUGGGAAAAAAGGAAUGACAGCGGCCACGAGAAUGCGGCAGAAACACGAGAAGAAAAAGUUGUUGCAGACGCAGGACAGUGGCACGUCGACUGGAUUUGUCGAGGGCGACUUACUCAGUGAGGACAGUCUCGAUGAAGAUGAGAGCGACUGCUGGACCGAUUCAGAUUCCUUCUGGGAUCACGAUAGCGAAGACGAUUUUGACGAUUUUUCAGACGACGAUUCGGAAGAUGACGAUGACGAUUCGGAUUUCACUGACGACGACUUCUCCGAACGAGAUUACGACGACGAUGAUGAAGAUGAUAGAGACCACCACGACGACGAUCUAGUUCUAGAUAUCGAACCAGUUCAGGGCAAAGGGCACUUUUCCUACCCAGGGCCAGACCCACCGACCGUCGAAAUUCUCGGCCACAACAGCUCCUUGAAACACGCCACCGCCCUUGCCUGUCCCGGCGUGUUUCGGUUUGCUGAACACGAAGGAAGUGGCAGAAUACAGCCAGAGGAAUUCCACGCGGGAACUGGGACCCUCGCGUUCUACGUAAAAUUCCCCUUCGAAGAAGCGCUUUACGACGAAGAAAAACCAAAGCAAAUCUUCGAAAUCGUCGGACUUGGGUACCAGGGCCCGUGUACGGAUGUGAAGGAGUUGACGGUGUCUGCGGUGUCGGGGUCAGGGUCGAUCGUGGUCGGGAGCAGUGACGACGAAAACAAGAACUGUCGAAUCGAGAACGAGGAGUGGCCGUUCUGGUUCGAUGACUGGAUGUGGGUCGCGGUGACGUACGAUAGAACAAGUGUGAAGCUCUACGUUGAAGGUUCUUUGACGUACGAGAAGGACGUUGAAGCUGACAGGUCGUGUGGUGAAAACGAAGACUCUCUUCUCUUCGCCACCGGCCCGCCGGACCUCGUCACGGUCGGGAUCACCGAAGCGGACGAACUGGUCGGAGGGGGAAGUAAACCUAAACACGCAUCCUACCCGGGUAUGCAGCUGCAGGGUGUCGCGUUUUGGGACCGGGUGUUGACUGAAGAGGAAUUGGGGAUGGUCGAAAAGAAGGUUGUGAAAACCAGCGGAGUAGGUUCUGGAACGGGGAAGAACAAAUCGAAAGGCAGCAGGAAUCGGCGAAGAGUUGGAAAAGUGGAGAGCGCAGCAGCAGUACCGAUAAAGAGGAAUAAGGGCAAUCGAAAAGACCAGAUUCUCAUCCCGGAACCGGUUGUCAGGGGCAGCCCCGAUGCUGUUGGAGUGGGGAGACAAGGUGCGACAAAAAGUACUGCGAAGGUAACGCCGAUUGGUGGAGAUAUCGAUUUGAGUGCGAGCGCUGGUGGAGGACGAGCAGCUGCUGGACUUCUACCAGAACAAAAAAGGUCUGGCUUGUGCUGCUGCUUGAAGAAAUGAACUGAUGAAAAUGAAAAAAGCAAAAAAGUAAAAGGAGCUUUUGCUUUGGAAUGGUGCUGAUAGAUGUACUAACACGAUGACCAAUCGGACCAUCAGAAAAACUCAUCGCGGUUCUCCAUGCCGUUGAAAAGUCUUGGUCCAAUCUACUUUCGACAUGUUCUUUCUCCUUCUACUC